GAGAAAGUAAUCCUGUUCGGAAUCAAGUAUCUUCACCUUGUCGAAAUCCACGGAGUGUCCCGGAGAUUCUAUAUGUAUGUGUUGCGACACCUCCGAUGUUUUGACUGAGCUGGGCCGUCUAUGCUCUAGAAACUUGGUUCUGAGAGCACGGCUAGUUUCACCUACGUAGGAUUCCUGACAAGGGCCACGGAUGUUUUGGCCUUGGCAAGGAAUGUAUUGUUUCUGUCUGUUUCUGCUAUUGUUUCAGUUCUUACACCUCAUGCAAUAUUUGACAAUAUACAUGUACAAGGUGUGCAUUGCACUGGGAAUAGCUUGAGUAUAUACUAGAUGUUUGCUUUAACAAACAUACAUUUGCACAUCAACAUGGCAUGAAUCAAUAGAAAUUGAAAUAAUGGGCCACCUAUUGCAAGUAAAGAACUAUAAUUGUAUGAAAUCAAUUUUCAAUGACUAAUUGUCCUAUCACUGUCAUUGAGAGGGGGGGGGGACCACUCUGCAAGCCUGGCUAACUAGACACAGGUGAGAAGUCAGUGAGGAGGACUGGGAGGCUGGUGUUGAUUGGACAAGGCUGAGCAGGAAGACACGCAUGUGUCCAAUCAUGGCUUCAAUCCCCUCCCCUCAGAAUGAGUCAGAAGGUCAUCAAUGUCCAAAAGUCAAGAGAAAUGGUCAAGAAAUGUGAUCUGUAGAGUUGGCAAGAGUUGGCAGUGGUUGAGUCCUGGUGCCCUGAUUGAUCGGGGAAUGUGAGCCCAGUCCUGAUGGAGGCAGUGAUAAUGCCUGCAAGUAUAAAUACUGUGUCCAUGCCAGCCUUCUGGUGUUGUGAGGCAGAGCUGACACGCGAUGCAGAGGGAAGUCUCCCUGUCCGAGCAGGUGGCCCGGGUCAGGUCUGCCACCAUGUUCCACUGGAGCGGGAUGUCACCAUGGCAGGGAAAUGCCCCCCCUAUUUCAGGGGGACGGACAGGAUUCCAUGCCUAUUCCAUGCACUGGGGCUCCCCCCAAGCAGAGUAUGCUGUGCAGUGCUGGGAGUCCUUCUCCACUACAAACUUUCCUAGAAGGAGGACUCACCCACUGCCUAAUGCAAACCAGCUGAUGAGAGAGGAGAGCAUUCUGAAUGAAAACCCUGCUGGAUCCAACUGGGAAACUUGCCUUAACUUCUCCCAACCUCUUAUUGAGUGCAAGCCAGAGAAGUGGACGGGACUCCCCAGUUGCAGAUACACUAGUGAUGGUGCCCCCCACCCCCUCACCAGUAUGGAGACAGUGGCCAGGGGUCAGUCCCCAGGGGUGGUGGUGCUGGACCACCCUGCUGUGAUGGAGGAUGUCACGGGACUGGACUCUCCUGGGGGCACAGGUGCGGAGUCUCAGCCGGACAAGAACCAAGGGCUCAAACCAACGGAGAAUAAACAUGUUGGAGAUCCAGACCAGGUGGUCGUAGACAGUCCAGUUGUAGAAGAGGCAACAGAAGUUGUGACGACUAGUGCCAUUGUAGAAGUCCAAGCUUUAUCAGAACAGAUGCCAGAUUCCAACAACUCCAAACAUCACAACAACCACAGGAGGAAACAGCAGAACUCACAGGUCAAAUAUCAGCCACAGCAUCACCCUGGGACAGAGAACAGACAACAAGGCCUGCACCCUGGGACAGAGAACAGACAACAAGGCCUGCACUGGGCUGCAGUGGAAACACAGGUGCUGUCUCCAGCCAGCAUGUUGCACCAGCUGUACAUUGCAGUGCCACAUUCCUCGGACCCCAUGGGUGCUGAAGAUGACGAUGAUGAUGACAUUGUGGUUGUUAAACCUGCUGGUUCACUCACCAAAAGGGAAAGGGACAAACUAAAGAAACGAGAGCUGAGGGCCAACCCAAUUUACAGGGAGAAGGAGAAGGAAAGAGCCAGGGAAAGAAUGAGGCUGAAGCGAGCUGAUCCAAAUUUCCGUGCAGUGGAACGUGAAAAGGAUAGGAAACGGCGACGUCUUGCCAGGCAAAGGAAUGAACUGUUGAGAAGAUUUGAACACAACAAGAUCAGGACAAUAAAUGGCAUGGACCCAACUCUGCCUGUAGCUACCUGUCAGGACAACUCUUCUGGACAGUACUGACCAUAAACCUGCCUCUGAUUGGAGUCAAGUUAUUAUAGUAGUCAGAAUAGGUGCAACAAAUGAUUUGUUGAUCUACAUAUACUGACACAAGACAAGACACACUGUACAUAUAAGGAAUAGUCAAAUGAUAUUUAUUUUUUUCCAUAGAAAAAUGCCAGCAAUUUGGCACAGAAUAAGCUGUUCCAUUACAGAUUUAUUUCGUGACUUUUGACAAUGUGAUAAUAGACUAUUCUUGUAUCUUCUUUAAUCAAAUUUAUUUUUAAACUUAAAGGAAGGCACAAGAAAUUUUCUACGGUAAUGUGGAUAUACAAAAUGUACAUGUAGAUAGCAACAGCAGAUACAAAAUCAAAAUACAAAAUGUCCUGAUAUACCGAUGACAAGUGUAUCAAUUUAAGUGGAGUGUGAUGCGGAAUGAUGGUUUCUAUUGAAGUGUGGAUACCUCCCUUGUUUUAUAUAAAGAGAGCACACAGAGUCAGUAGGUGACAGUCUGCUGAGAAAACAUAAAAGUCUGGCCACAUUUAUUGACCACUAACAUACAUUUGUAUGUUUUCACCAUUGAUGAGUAUUGACCAUGAGUACAAACAUAGUUCAUGUGUACAGUUUGCUGAUGCUAAACAGUCCAAUCAAAAGGAUACUUCAUUGAUCAAAGAACAGCACUGUCAUUUUAACAUUCCAGAUUUCAAAGGGUUUACGUAUGGUGUACUCGAGUCCCUGUGUAUGGAUUUCACUAACAGAAAACAGCCAAAUAAGUAUG